CUUCGGGAACAACGACAAAUGAAAAAGAAGCCUGCACCCCAGCUGGUCACUGCGGCGUCGGUCGCGGGGUCUGCUCAGUCUGCAGCAACAGCAGCAGCCACAUUGGCCGCUGCGACGUCGGGCGAUCGAUCGGCUGCCGCUGCCAGUCGACCCUCAGCCUCCGCUGCCAGUGCGUCCGCGUUGCCGGCCACCAUCCCUGCCCGAGCGCCGUCGUCGCCUGCCACGGGCGCGCUGUCGGUCGCCCUCAAGAACACGGACUAUGCGGAGCGCCAGAACAACGAGCUUGAAGUCACUCAGGCCAUCUUCAUGAACGAUUUCAAGCUCGAGCCAAGUACAACGAAUGCGGCCUGGGGGGGUGCCAACACCUUCCCCGCCUUCACCAUUUUCAUUGCGCCAAAAGUCCUCGAGGGGACUGAAGCACACGUUUCGCUUGAGCUCUUCAUCCGCUUCACCCGCCAUUAUCCAGACAAAGUGCCAGAGAUUCAGUUAAAGGCUGUGAAGGGCUUGAGCUUGGAGCGUCAGUCCGAACUACGCGGUCUCCUCGAAAAGCGGGCUCAUGAGCGAAGAGGAACCGAGAUGGUGCACGAGCUCGUGAUGGAUGCACAAGAGUUUCUCGAGAAGCACAACCUGCCACCGCAACUCUCCUUCUACGACCAGAUGAUGGCCAGCAAGAAGCAAGCCGAGGAAGCGGCUGCAGAGCAAAUCGAGCGCCAGCGCGAGCUCGAGGUGAAAGCCAAGGACGAGGAGAAGAAACAAUUCGACCGAACAGUCCAGGAGGAGAUUCGGAAGAAAGAGAAUGAAGCCAAAGAAAAGAUCAAAAGAAUCAAGGAAGAGCAGCGCAAGUUGGAGGAGGAUGUGCAGCAGGCUCAACAAAAGCCGCCAGUUGCUUCCGUCUCAGCCACAGCUGCACAGCCAUCUACUGCUGCAGGAGGAGCAGCAGCAGCAAAAUCAAAACCGCCGACACAGCCGGUCUCUAUACCCCACGCAGGGACAGAAGUUCCGCAAACAGCUUCGUACCUGCUUUCCUUUGAAUCUGUUGCCACCUCCCCGCCAUCAGCCGCGGCAACAGCUGCCGUAGCAGCCUCGACUGUCACGCCAGCGCAGUCGCCAUCCAAGCUUCCUGGGGGAAUCUUUUCUCUUUCCGACGCCGCCACGAUUCAACGAUGUAAACAAAUUGCAAAGGGACCGCACGGGGCGUGCGUGUACCUCGGGAUACGGAAAGACUCCGGCGAUAUGCUCGCCAUCAAGGAGUACAAGUUGGCUGUUCGCCUGACUGCCAAGGGGAGCUCCUAUGACUCUGAUUCGUGUCAAAUCGGCGCCGCCCGGCAUCUCAAAUCCCUGGCUACGAUGCACCUCGACGUUGAGCACUUGCGUCGCCUCGACCACCCUCAUCUUGUGCGAUGUUUCGGCAUGACCUACUUUAACCAAGCCGAGAACUUUACCUGCACUUUUUACCAAGAGUUCAUUAGCGGCUGCACGAUAGCCGCGUUACUCGUCAAGUUGACGCGCUUGGACGUCGCCACCGUGCGGCUCUACACGACACAGGUUGUGUCAGGUCUCGAGUAUCUCCACAGCCAUGCCAUUGUGCACCAAGCCAUCAAAGCAGCCAACGUUUUCGUGGACAACGAGGGGAACAUUCGCCUGGCCGAUUUCUUGAUCGAGCGACAAAUACGAGAAUUUCAGCUCACCGCACGAGCACCGCCGAGCGAGCCUGUUGCGUACGAGCACUUGUGGGAUCCAAACUCUGUAUGGUCACCUCCAGAGCUCUUCAAUGCCACCAGUAGGUCCGAGCGUUCGCAUCACAGCGCUGGCCUCUCCACAUCGCCCAGCUCCUCAGCUGGUGCGCCGGCACCGCAGUUCAAGAAAAAGAGUGACAUUUGGUCGUUGGGGUGUCUCGUGCUCGAGAUGCUGGCGGGAUCUGCGUUUUUGAACUCGCGCGACCCUCGCACCUCGCCAGAACUUUGGAUUCCGGACAAGAUGCCGAUGGAGGUGGUUGACUUCAUCCGGCAGUGCCUCGACCCCAUUCCGAGCCAUCGUUCGGCCGCUCCCAACCUCCGCACCCACCCGUUUCUGACCAAUUCGCUCAUGCCGGGCAUGUCAAGAACUGGAGACACCCUUCAGCCCAUGCCGUCCUUUGGCAAAAUUGCCAGCGGGUUGGCAGCUGCCAAAGCGCAGCAAGCAUUGACCGCCAAGCCAUCCGAUCUGCCGGCAGGCACCGCCCCGACACAGGGGGCUGUCGAGCCUGCACCCUUCCGUCAAAAACUGACCCUGAUCAUCCCUCCUGGUCCGAUGGGCUCCAAUCGCCCUGCUGCUGCAGCAGCACCGUCCAAGCCUAUCGCGAUCGUGUCCAAGCAGAAAUCCUCGCGCGAUCCUCGGGGACAGUCGCCAGAUGAUCUCUCGACAAGCCCCAUGGCACUCAUGCAGCAACACUUCCAGCAGCAACAAAUCACGCAAGCACGCAUUGCACGGCAACAUUUGAACGAGCUUGCGAGCCUUCCCAAGGCUGCAGCAGCCGCCGUGUCGACUGAGGACUUGCCAGCUCCACAGAUGCCGUCGCGGUACCGAUCCGACUUUGAGGAAGUUGGGUUUUUGGGGAAGGGCGGCUUUGGUGAUGUCAAGAAGGUGCGCAACAAGCUCGACAGCAAAUUCUAUGCCAUCAAGACUGUCCGUCUGGAUCAACACAGUGAGCCCACCAACCGCAAAAUCAUUCGGGAGGUGACGCUGCUGUCUGCGUUGCACCACCAAUACAUUGUGCGCUACUACCAAGCCUGGAUUGAAACGGCCGAUGGCUCUGGCUGGAACUCUGUGGCCAAUCACUCGCUGGACGAUUCCGACUAUGAGGAGGACGAUGAGAGCUUGGGGUCGGAAGAAAGCUCUGACAUCGACCUGGACGAGGACAGCCUCGUUCGGCGCCCCAACAACCGACGCGACGAUUCCUUGAACGACUCGGACGAAAGUAUCUUGUUUGAAAGUGGCUCUGGGCCUGCCAAUUUCGACGACGAUGAUGAAGACACUGACGAGCUUGAUGAUGAUGAUGAAGACGAUGACGACGACGAUGACGAUGAGAACGAUGACGACGACGACGACGACGACGACGAUGACGAUGAAGACGACGACGACGAUGCCGACUCUGAGGAUGAAGACGACGACAUGCAGGAAAUUGUCUUCCAGCGCACUCCAGAUACACGCAAGCUGGCCAAGACCGAGCAUCAAGCGGCACACCUCAAGCGGAUGCAACAGCACGCGCACCAGCAAGCGAAGGGGAAGAAGCGCUUGGCUGAGAAGGCGCCUCUAAAGUCCUCCUCGGGCGCGACUGGGCCUUUCAUUCAGUUUGGCAACUUUAGUUCGGAUGAACAAACAUUGACCGAGCGUUCUGAGACCGGCUCUCCGUCAACGCCCAGCGUCCCGACUCCAGUGCUAUCCGACCUUCCUCGCAAGCAUACGGGUGUCGCCACUGGAGUCCCGGCAGCGGCAACUGCUGUCAACAAAAAGCCCAAGCCUCGUGACGAUCCCCGCCGACCAAUCCAAUACCUCUAUAUUCAGAUGGAGUAUUGCGAAAACACACUUCGGGCGCUCAUUGACGCUGAGCUGUACAAGGACUCGGAGAAGGUGUGGCGCCUCUUCCGUCAAAUUUUGGAAGGUCUGAACUACAUCCAUGGUCAAGGCAUCAUCCAUCGCGAUCUCAAGCCCUCCAACAUUUUCAUUGAUUUCGAAGGCAACGUCAAAAUUGGAGACUUUGGCCUCGCCACCAACUUUGCAGCCGCUGUCGCGCUUGCCGCAGCGGGCACCGGUUCUGCUACUGCUCUUGCUUCCAGUGGGAGCGCGCUCAUGACCGAGGACAGUCGCGAACACCUACCAACCAAGUCACAAUCGCAGGAGCACCUUUUGGGCGACGGUCUGACAAGCGACGUUGGAACCAGCUAUUACAUUUCGCCAGAGCUGCGAUCUCCGUCCUCCGUUCCGGUCGGCGGCACUGCGACUGCGGAUGCCCCUUCCUCCGUCAGCACGGUCUCACUGGUUACUGCACGCACAGUCAAAGGGAAACACGCCACCGGCAAAGGACCGACACCGUCGACCCGCAACCCACACGCGCGUGUCGCGGCAAGCGAGCUUCCGUCCACCACUGCUGUCACAGCCCCUGGAUCCAUUCCUGGCGCUGGAUCUGUCCGCUACAACCAAAAAGUCGACAUUUACAGUCUUGGCGUCAUCUUCUUUGAAAUGUGGUAUCCAAUGACGACCAGCAUGGAACGCGUCGCGAUUCUUCGCAACAUUAUCAAAGCCGAUCCUAUGGUGCCGGAGGAUUAUUCAACCCGAGUCUCCAACGAAGCCCAUCAAAUUCUUGUUUGGUGUCUUGAGCACAAUCCCAAGGCUCGACCAACGGCGGCCGAUAUCCUUGAAUCGCCCAACAUGCCAGCAAAAGCGGAAACCGAGACCUUUAAGGACAUCAAGCGCGCAUUGACGCAGCAAAACUCCGAUACCUACAAUCAAGUGGUCAACUUCCUGUUCUCUCAACCACCCGAUCGCAUGCUGGACUACACGUAUCACGUCGGUUCACAUUCUGUCGGCAUUGUAUCCACCGGAGCGAUUCUCGUUCGAAAUCGCCUUCUCGAGCGCAUGCUUCCUGUUUUCCUUCAUCAUGGUGCAAUCGAAAUGGCGCCGCCAUUGCUUUUGCCAAGCAUUUGCUUGGCGGACACCCCAAACAUUGUCCAUAUGCUCGACAGGAUGGGCAACGUGCUUGCGCUCCCUUACGACCCGACUCUUGGAUUUGCGCGAUACGUGGCCCGCAACAACAUCCACUUCCUCAAGCGAUACCGUGUGGACCAGGUCUUCCGCGAAGGAGUUGCUGCCAACCCGUCCCAGUUCAACGAGGCUGCGUUUGACAUUGUCGACGCAUCGGCCUGCUCUUCGUUGCUGCCCGACAUUGAAGUGCUUUAUACCACCUACGAGGUGCUGCGCGAGAUUCCGACAUCCUCUUCGUUCAACUACACAAUUCGCAUCAAUCACGGCGCCAUCACCUAUGCCAUCUUGCGCCACUGCGGUGUGCCCGAGGACCGCUACUUUGAGGUGUGCAAGCAACUCACACCCGACAAGCUUUCCAUCCUCCAGCUCAAACGCCGCCUUGUCACCGAGCUUCGAGUGCUUGACGGCGCUUCUGCCGAACUGCUGCUUUUGCACUUUGCCAUCAAGGGCACUGUCAAUGACGUGGGUGCCAAGAUCAAGCCGCUGCUUAGCUCGACUGUUCCCGGCGUGUCGGAAAGCGCUGCUCGGGGAUUGCGCGACUUGCGCACGCUGAUGGACUAUGCCAAAUAUUUCGGCAUUCAGCAGGCAAUCUUUCUCGAUUUGUCGCUGGUGCAGCGGCAGCACUACUACAACGGCAUGUACUUCCAGUUUGUGCGACCGGUCGCUCAACGCUCGCCGUCAGCUCCAUCCAAGUCGGGUGACUUUGGUGGACGCAAAUACGACGUUGUCGCGUAUGGCGGUCGUUACGAUCGGCUGGUUCAGUCCUUCCAGUUGCAGCAGGACGAAAUUGCCACCGCCCCUGUGGCGGCCGUUGGAGUCGUCAUUCGCAUCGAGCAGCUCAUGGCAGAUGCGUUCUGGAAGGGGACGUACGAUCCCGACAAGGACUAUGUGCAAGACAUGAUGCGAGGCGUGGGUGUGACGCAUUUCCCGUUUUCUGGCCUUCCACCGCACCUCCAGAGCAUUGCCGGUGCCAAGGGAGACGAAAAGCGUGCCUUGUUGGGCGAGCGUUCCGCUGGGUGCCAGUCGGACGUGCUUGUCUUUGAGGUUGGCAAGAGCGUGUUCGAGGCUCGAUUGCAGUGCGUGCAAGAACUCUGGGCCGCUGGAAUUCGCGCCCAGAUCACCUACGAUCCUUUGCAACGCGAGAAGAUUGAAAGCCUGCAUCAGUUCUGCAAGGAGGCUGGCAUCAACUGGGUGGUGCAGCUCAAGGACCAGGCCGUCAAAGUCCGCAACCUCGAGACCAAGUUUGAAACCGAGGUGGUUCGAGCAGACUUGGCGAAUUUCCUGGUGAAUGCCAUUCGUCAAGCUCAAUCGCAGCCACCCGGCGUUUCUCGUCGCUCAGCCCAGACCGUCCCAACCAGCGAAGGAAGCGCCAGCGAGCAUUCCAAGUAUGCUGGCGGCUCGCAGGGAGGAUCAUCUGCCGCUGGCAGCAUGGACCGAGGCGGAACAUCUCAGCAUGCCACGGGGUCAAGCGGUUCCGCCAGCACAGCAGCGGCUGGAGCAGGAUUGUCAUCGGGCGGUGGCUCGUCCACUAUCUCAUCCAACCUCAGCAGCUCUUCGGGCGUCGCGCAACUCGGCAACCUCAAUGUGGUGAUUUUGUCGCCAGAAAAGCUGCAGCAAAACCGCAAGAAAAAGUACAUUGGCUAUGCGUGGAAUCGGGUGACGCCUCUUUUGCCCUAUCUGGCCGCGCGCGGCAAAAUCGAAGUGGCCGGUGUGGACUUGCCAACGAGCGUGGUACGCGACUUUGUUGGGUCGGUGCGCGUCGCGGAAGAGAGCACAAUUCGGGCGUUCGUCGAGCGCACGGCCAAGUACAAGAAGCAUGUAUCUGGCCUGCUCGACCACGUCAAGCAGUGCGCUGCCUCCGGCUCACCCUUCAUGUUCCUUUACAGCUACUCUGAGGAAACCAGCGAGAUGCUGAUUAUGACGCUCCGAUAAAGCGCCCGCCCUCGUUUAUUUUGUUCUAUAUAUUUUUUCAGCUUUGUGUUCUGUGUGAUUUUGUUUUUUUUGUUUUUGGAAAUUUUAUGUUUUCUGUACUGUA